CAUGCAGUUCUUAAUUAGGCCCGUCACGUGCUGCAGUGCAAUUCUCAUCCAAUAGGAGAGAUUAAUUGAAGGCGGUGACGCGAUGCAUUGUUUCGUCAUGGCGUAAUCACGUGUUUGUUCCCACUCUUUUAUUUAUUUUUCCACAUCGCUGUGAGACCGUUCCCUGCCUGAGUGAGUGUGUGCGUGUUGGUCAGAUAGGGGCGGUGAGGAGCGCGGACCGGCGGAGAGAGAAGACGUUUGUGCCCCGCCCCUCUCGGACACGUUGCCCAGGGAGAGGCUGCACGGGCCGGAUGGGACUAAUGCCCGCCCGCCUGCCCGCCCGCUCCCUGCGUCUGCUGGUUUCAUGGUUUCGCUCCAUCAUCAGUCAGCUCGGUCCGUCAGCGCGUCCGCACACACAUACACACACACGGCUGCUGCAUGUCCCCGACUCACCGAGCCGGACGGGGGAAACACACGGUUCACUUCUGGUCCAUGAUGCUCUCUGCUGGCUGAGAGUCUAGCUCCAUCAUGUCGACCUCAGACUCGGAUUACUCCAUUGACUGGCUCGCCAGCGACGAGGACGACUACGACAGCCCAAAGAGAUUAAGUCCUCAGCACGCAGAGGAGCAGCCAGUACCACCUCUGUCGUCGUCGUUAUCAUCAUCAUCAAGCACAUCAUUUAGGGAAUCUCCUUCAAGCUGCUUCCACUCUGGAGCGUCCCAGAGGAGGAGGAGUGACUGCUGUGACUGUAAAGAUGGAGGCGUCGAGUCUCCAGCCACCCUGCAGACCCCGGCAGUCAGUCCAGUUCAGGGAUUUACCUCCAUUUGUACGCAGCAGACAGUUUCUGUGGAGUCACGGCAUCACUCAGCCAGGAAGAGAGCACACGGUGCCGGUUUGGAUGAACUCUGUGGAAAGCCUCAUCCAGACACUGAAAAUGAACUGUUCUUGCACAAGUGCACGGAGCUGCAGUGCUACAUCCAGCCUCUGUCAUCUAUCCUGCGGGGCCUGAGAUCAGGCAGGUACUCUGAACGUCUCAGCAGUUUCCAAGAGAGCGUCGCAAUGGACCGUAUCCAGAGAAUACUGGGGGUCCUUCAGAAUCCACUAAUGGGUGGACGUUUCCUCAACAUUAUCCUGAAAAUAGAAGAAAUGCUUCAAACUUGGUUUCCUCAUAUCAAACCAGAUCUGCCCCAGACAGACAGCAGCACUCCAGCUAAGAAGCAGAAGCAUCAUAGCCGUGCCUCCCCUCCUCCACCCUGUCCAGCGUCUCUCUGCUCCUCAGACGUGGAGCCGGCGGCCUCUCAUUUCUCCUCUCACCUCAAAUGGCUUCACAUCGACUCCUUGAAAACUCCCGAAUCAACGUUCGGCCAGCCCACCGCCUCCGCCGCCUCCCCUGCACCCUCUCGCUGCAGCCAGGAAGUGACCCAAGACAACGCCGUCUCCUCCAGCACUGACUCGCACACCCUGCGCCGCCUCAGUGCUAACCCCCGCCCGAGACAGGAGCCGCUGCCCUUCAAGAUCAGCUCACCGUGUCUGGAGAGACUCCUGCAGGCGAAGGACAGCAUCAUCACUCCCAGGACUGUGGGAAACGGAGGUUGGUUGUCGUAGCUUCCCCACAGAGGACAGUUAAUGGGCUGUGGGGAAAUCAGUGGCUGAUCGGAGGACAGAUCUGUGUGAGACAGGAUGUCCUCAUUCAUUCCACAGAGCCUGAAAAUACUAAAAGGCCUUAAAACAAAGCAUGUUUCAAAAUCUUUUUUUUUUUUUUUUUUUAAAUCUACAGCUGAGAUGAGAGUGACACCAAAAUACCAGAUGGCUUUUUGGUUUAAGUGAGUGCUGACUGUGGUCGCCUGUGAGAGGAAAUGUGGAGCUCUAGGCUGA